AUGACUUCAAACAUCCAGGAAAUGGUCGACGGGUGCCUUAGCUGUCAGAAACAUCAACGCGACAAUAUCAAGCAAACCAUUAUAUCAAAGGAGAUUCCAACUCUUCCAUUCGAACGAGUCGCAACGGAUUUAUUCCAUUUCAAAGGAAGGGAAUAUAUUCUGCUGGUGGACAGUUACUCUAGUUUCUUCGAUUUCAAGCAACUCUUAAACACGUCAUCUCGUAGCGUAAUUAUGGCAUUGAAGGAAUGGUUCGCGGUUCAUGGGGUACCAAGAGUGUUGGAAUCUGAUAAUGGGCCGCAGCACUCUUCAGAAGAAUUCAAGGCGUUUGCAGCAAAGUGGAGUUUCGAUCAUGAAACAUCUAGCCCACAUUUCCCUCGGGCUAACGGAUUAGCGGAGAGAUACGUUCAAACAGCUAAAUUGAUUCUCAAAAAAUGUGCAGAGGACGAAUGCGAUGUACAACUGGCAUUGUUGCACGCUCGAAACACUCCUAGAUCAACAGGAUUGCCAGCUCCAAGCAAAAGAUUGAUGGGACGGCUGAUACGUUCAAAUUUGCCAGUGUCCGAUGCAAAGCUGCAACCGAGACUCGUAACAGGGGUUACGCAAAUGCUUACAGAAGAACGAAGCCAGCAGAAACGCUAUGCCGACCGAGGAGCUGUGGAAGGCACGGUGUUCAACCCAGGGGAUGCUGUACUGCUACAGAGUUCUACUUCGAAAACAUGGAAACCGGCAACAGUGCUAAAUAGUGUCGACGGGAGAAGAUCGUAUACCGUGACAGACGGCGAAAGUGUGCUGCGUAGAAACUCAUUUCAUUUGCGACCAACGAAAGUGGACAACGAAACCAACCUUCGCGGAGACCAACAAGUGCCAAAGGAGCCUCAGGGACCAUUAUCGGAAGAACAUCCAAGGAGUGACUCUUAUGUAGAAGAACACACUGACGAGGGUGGACGCACAGUUCAACCUUCGGAGGAGCCAGGAGCAUUAAUCAGUAAUCGGCAGCAGACAACUCGUAGCGGUCGUCUUGUGAAACAGUUUAAACUUAAUGAUUUUGAAUACUAUUAA